AUGGCGAAAGGAAGAGGCCAUGCAAUUGGGAUUGAUCUGGGAACAACAUACUCAUGUGUGGGAGUGUGGAAACACAAUCGUGUAGAAAUAAUAGUAAAUGAUCAGGGCAAUAGGACAACUCCAUCUCAUGUUGCCUUCACUGAUAAGGAGCGAUUGGUAGGUGAUGGAGCAUUUAACCAGGUCAUCAGAAAUCCAACCAAUUCAAUCUUUGAUGCAAAGCGGUUAAUUGGUAGGAGAUUCAGUGAUUCAACAGUUCAGAAUGAUGUGAAACUUUGGCCAUUCAAGGUCAUUCAAGGUCCUGGUGACAGGCCCUUGAUUGUGGUUACCCAAAAUGGUGAAGACAAACAGUUCACAGCUGAAGAAAUCUCAUCCAUGGUUCUCGUAAAAAUGCGGGAGAUAGCAGAGGCCUACCUUGGCUCAACAGUAAAAAAUGCAGUUAUAACUGUCCCUGCUAACUUCAAUGAUUCACAGCGUCAGGCUACAAAAGAUGCUGGUGGCAUUGCUGGCCUAAAUGUGAUGCGGAUUAUAAAUGAGCCAACUGCCGCAGCCAUUGCGUAUGGCCUUGACAAGAAGGCCAGUGGGUAUAGUAGGAGCAAUGUGAUGAUAUUUGAUUUAGGUGGUGGUACUUUAGAUGUGUCACUACUUACCAUUACUGGGGGUGUCUUUGAAGUGAAGGCCACAGCUGGAGACACUCACCUUGGAGGUGAAGACUUCGAUAACAGAAUGGUGAAUUACUGUGUUGAGCAAUUUAAGAGGAAGCAUAUUUUUGACCUUGGUGGAAACUCCAGAGCUCUUAGUAGGCUAAGAAAUGCCUGCGAGAAGGCAAAGAGGAGACUUUCUGUUAUGACAGAGACUGACAUUGAAAUUGACUGUUUACAUCAAGGUAUUGAUUUUUAUACUACUAUUACUCGAGGAAAAUUUGAACAGCUGAACAUGGAUUUCUUCAACAAGUGUGUGGAGCCUGUGGAGAAGUGUCUGAAGGAUGCCAAUAUUGGCAAAAGCAGUGUACAUGAUGUUGUUCUUGCUGGUGGCUCUUCUAGAAUUCCAAAAGUACAGCAGAUAUUACAGGAUGUGUUCCAAGGAAAGGAGUUGUGCAAGGGCAUUAAUCCAGAUGAGGCUGUGGCAUAUGGUGCUGCUGUUGAAGCUGCUGUAUUAUGUGGGAAUGGAAAUGGGGAGCUUCAAGACUUCACUCUCUUGGAUGUCUCCCCUUUCUCACUUGGCAUUGAAACUGGUUUUGAUGGUGAGAUGACAGUUCUGAUUCCAAGAAACACUACAAUUCCUGUCAUGAUAAACAAAUUCUUCACUACUGGUUAUGACAAUCAAGUUGGGGUCAGAUUUCGUAUCUAUGAGGGUGAGAGUGCAACAAUAGUAGACAAUAAUCUCUUGGGUGAAUUUUGGCUAGACAACAUUCCUCCAGCUCCCAAGGGUGUUCCUCAAUUGAAAACUUGCUUUCAAAUUGAUUGUAAUGGUUUGUUGAGUAUCUUUGCUGAGGACAUGUCUACCGGCCAGAAGAAAGGGAUCACAAUCAACAGAUAA